AUGUCAAAAGAAAGUGAGGAAUUUUCUACAGAGAUUGUUCAAAGGGGUGUUGAAAACUCUGGCCCAAAUGCUGGUUCUCUUUCUUUCUCUGUGAGAGUAAGGCCUAGACUGCCAGAUUUCCUUAGUUCAGUUAAUCUAAAAUAUGUGAAAUUGGGUUAUGGUUACCUCAUCAGCCAUCGGUUGUACUUGUUGCUGGCCCCACCUCUACUUGCAGCCUUGAUUACUCAUAUUGGAAAGUUCACUUGGGAAGACCUUUGUGAGAAAUAUAACCUCAUUGAGGCUCUAUUUAUAACAGCACUUUUGAGUUUAAUGUUAUAUCUUUAUAUUGAUUUGACACCACGGUCCAUUUAUUUGCUUGAUUUUUCAUGUUUUCGCCCUCCAAAUGAAUAUAAGAUCUCUAAGGCAGAGUUCGUUGAAUUAGCAAAAAAGUCUGGGAAUUUCAAUGAUGCUGCCAUUGAGUUUCAAGCACGAGUUCUCAAGAAAUCUGGCAUAGGCGAUGAGACUUACAUGCCAAAAGGAGUUUUUCGCCCUGGUCAAAGAACCUCACUGAAUGACGGAAGAGAAGAGGUGUCAAUGGUGAUGUUUGGUGCAGUUAAGGACCUUCUUGCUGCCACAAAAGUAAAACCAAAGGAUAUCAAAAUCCUCAUAGUAAACUGUGGAAUACUAAACACCACCCCAUCACUCUCAUCAAUGAUAAUCAACCAUUUCAAGCUUAGGCAUGACAUUCACAGCUUUAACCUUGGUGGGAUGGGUUGUGCUGCUGGAAUCACAGCCAUUGAUCUUGCCAAAGACCUUCUUGAUGCCUAUCCAAGAACUUAUGCACUUGUAGUUAACACAGAAGCUGUGAGCCACACAUGGUAUGGUGGCAAUGACAUUGACUUGCUACUUCCCAAUUGCUUCUUCAGAAUGGGUGCUGCAGCCAUCAUGCUGUCAAAUUUCCACCUAGAUAGGUGGCGCGCCAAGUAUGAAAUCAAACAGCUGGUCCGAACUCACAUAGGAAUGGACAAUAGAAGCUACAAAAGCAUACAUCAAAAGGAAGAUAGUGAAGGGAGAAAAGGACUUGCAGUGAGCAAAGAUGUGAUUGAGGUUGGAGGCCAUGCGCUAAAGGCCAAUAUUACCACACUAGGCCCACUAGUGCUACCAGUUUCAGAACAACUUCACUUCUUCACCAAUUUGAUCUUCAAGAAAAGGAAAACAAAGCCAUACAUUCCUGAUUACAAGCUGGCAUUUGAGCACAUGUGUUUCCUGGCAACAAGCAAGAAAGUGCUGGAUGAGAUUCAGAAGAAUUUGGAGCUCACAGAGGAGUACAUGGAAGCAUCAAGGAAGACAUUGAAAAGAUUUGGUAACACAUCUAGCAGCAGCAUAUGGUAUGAACUGGCAUACCUUGAGUUGAACUCAAGGAUUAAAAGGGGUGAUCGAAUAUGCCAAAUAGCUUUUGGAUCUGGAUUCAUGUGCAACAGUGUUGUUUGGAAGGCCCUCAGGAAUAAUGGGAGUCCCAAGCAAAGUCCUUGGAUUGAGGAUGAGUGA